AUGUCUGCUUUUAUUUCAGGUGCCACAGGUUUUAUUGCCCAACAUAUCGUUGAUGGCUUGUUAAAGCAAAAUUACAAAGUCAUUGGGACUGCUAGAUCUCAAGAGAAGGCUAAUAAGUUGAUGAAGCAGUUUAGUAAUAAUCCAAACCUAAGUAUGGAAAUUGUUGGUGAUAUCUCUGAUGUUAAUGCGUUCGAUGAAGUUAUGAAGAAAAGAGGUAGUGAAAUUAAAUAUGUUUUACAUACUGCUUCUCCUUUCCAUUUCAAUGUCACUGAUAUCGAAAAAGAGCUAUUAGUUCCAGCUGUCAAUGGUACAAGAGGUAUUUUAAAUUCUAUCAAAAAAUAUGCUAAUGAUACUGUUGAGCGUGUUGUUAUAACAUCUUCUUUUGCUGCUAUUUUAGAUUUAAACCGUUUUAACGAUAAUUCUCUAGUUUUAAGUGAAGCUAACUGGAAUCCUGUAACUAAAGAAGAAGCCCUUUCGAACCCUAUGGCUGGUUAUUGUGCUUCCAAAACAUAUGCCGAAAGAGCUGCUUGGGACUUCCUAAAGGAAAAUGAAGGUUCAAUCAAGUUUAAAUUGACUACUGUGAAUCCAGUUUACGUUUUCGGUCCUCAAUUAUUUGCUGAGGAUGUUAAAAAUGUUUUAAACACAUCUUGCGAAGUAGUUAAUCAAGUUGUUCAAUCUACCAUCGACACCACCUUACCUGUCGAUUGCUCUGGUCAAUUCGUCGAUGUUCGUGAUGUAGCAAAAGCUCACAUUGCAGGUAUCCAAAACGAUAACUGUAUUGGUCAAAGAUUACUUUGCUCACAAGCCGCUUUUGGUGUCCAAGAUAUUGCUAAUGUCUUAAAUGAUAAUUUCCCACAAUUAAAAGGUAAAAUCGCUAAGAGCAAUCCAAAAACUAAUGCAGUUGAAAACAUCGGUAUUUGUCAAAUUGACAAUUCCAAAACUAAAGAGUUAUUAGGUUUUGAAUUCAUAGAUUUAAAGACUUGUCUAAUCGAUACAGUCUCUCAAAUUGUUGAACAAAAAAUAAUAGGAUUAUGUGAAUAUUAA